UCAUUUAAAAAGUUGUGUUUAUUAAACAUGGAGACUGCUCUCAUAAACACACAUGAAUCUAGGAGCGACAAGAGGAAAGUGAUAGCAGUGGUGGGAGGCGGUUUGGUUGGAUCUCUGAGCGCUUGCUUUUUCGCAAAACGAGGAUUUGACGUUGAGCUUUAUGAAUCUCGAGAAGAUAUUCGACAGGCCAAAGUCGUGAGGGGUCGAAGCAUAAACUUGGCUCUGUCCCACAGGGGACGCCAGGCCUUGAAGCAUGUGGGAAUGGAAGACAAGAUAGUCUCUAAAGGCAUUCCUAUGCAUGCCCGUAUGAUCCACAAUGAGAACGGAAAGCGUACACCUAUACCCUACGGUAGAAAAGGACAGUACAUUCUGUCUGUGGACAGAGCAAAUCUGAACAAGGAGCUGCUGACAGCGGCAGAGGCGUAUCCAAACACUACACUGAACUUCAGUCACAAGCUGCACGACUGCAGUCCAGAAAAGGGAACAGUGACCUUUUUUGGACCCGACGACCAGAAAAAGGAAACCCGGGCAGAUCUGAUCGUAGGUUGUGACGGCGCUUUCUCUGCUGUCAGAAAGCAGUUUCUACGGCAAAGCCGCUUCAAUUACAGCCAGACGUACAUUCCUCAUGGGUACAUAGAGCUCACCAUGCCCCCUAAAGAUGGAGAUUUUACGAUGAAGCCCAAUUAUUUACACAUUUGGCCCAGAAACACUUUCAUGAUGAUCGCACUGCCCAACUUGGACAAGACGUUCACGUGCACCCUCUUCAUGCCCUUCGAAGACUUUGAGGAGAUUCGCACCGGUGAUGAGGUCAUUUGGUUCUUCCAGAAAUACUUCCCUGACUCAGUGCCUCUAAUAGGCGUUGAUGCUCUGAAAAGGGAUUUCUUCAGACUGCCGGCUCAGGCCAUGGUCUCAGUGAAAUGUGACCCGUAUCAUCUGUUCGAUAAAUGCGUGCUGAUGGGAGAUGCCGCUCACGCUGUGGUUCCUUUCUAUGGACAAGGCAUGAACGCGGGCUUUGAGGAUUGUUUAGUUUUUGAUGAGAUUAUGGACCAGUUGAAUGAAAACUUUGCUGCUGUGCUUCAGGAAUACACCAGAGUCCGUGUACCUGAUGAUCAUGCUAUCGCUGACCUGGCCAUGUACAACUAUGUUGAGAUGAGGGCGCACGUAAACUCCAAAUAUUUCUUGUUCCGAAAGUACCUGGACAAUGUCCUUCACUUUAUCAUGCCCAGAACAAUCAUCCCACUUUACACUAUGGUCACGUUCACCAGGACACGGUACCAUGAAACUGUGAAGCGAUGGCAUUGGCAGAAUAAGGUGAUCACUCGCGGUCUGUGGCUGUGUGCGGUGGCGUCCACUGCCGGCGGGAUGUUUCUCUUGAUCAGAUACUCUCACAAACUCCCCAGCAUCACUGCAGAGCACCUGUGGAGCCGUAUACUUGCUUUAAAGAGAUUCUAAAAGAAUUACAAUGUAUAGGAAACCCUGUUGUUGUUUGGCAGCCUUGUUGUUGACUUGUCAAUGUGAAACAGUGAAGAUUUACUUUCAUGUUUCAUACAGGACACAAACCGUAAAAGACCAGAUUUUACGUCUUCAAAAAUGUUUCAGGAUCGAUACGAAUUAGACUUGAUCAACAGCAUUUGUGACAAUGUUGGUUACCGCCAAAUAAUUAAAAACAACAGCAAAUUACAAAUAUAAAUUUGUUUAAGUCAUGAUGCAAGAAUUUGUAUAUUAACUAUCCCUUUUAAGCACAAAAUAAAUGAUUCAGUUAAAAGAAAGACUUAAGCUCAUAUAAUAAAUAGUUACCACUUUCUGAAGUGGUAAUACGUUUCUAGGUGGAUGAACUUGUGGUUAUGUGUUGCAUGGCGUGAUUGCUCCAUGUACACAAACCUUUAUGUAUCCCAGCACGUAUCCUGCAAAAGUUAUGGGGUUGAAAGACCGGUAGUAACUUUGGCAAGGUCACAUCACACUAGUCUCAUGUCAGCACGUAUAUAAAGCUAUAUGGUUAUUUUAUUGUAUAUACCAGGCCACUAUCGUUAAAAGUGCUAAAUACUAAAUACUGAGCAACAAGUUUUGUAUCUUUAUCAGGGGUUUUCAAACUGAGGGUUAGGACUCCUUGUGGGUCACGUAAAGAUGCUCUGAAUGACACGCGCACACACAAAAACAGUUCAGUCCGACUAGCAAUGACAAUGAUUUUGACAUCUUACCGUAUGCUAUUUUGGUAUUGCAUAUUUCAUUUAUAUCAUGACAAAGAAACUGAAAACUAUGCUAAAUAUUUUGGUGGGUUUUGGAAUAAAAAGGUUUGGGAACCCCUGACCUACUGUAUGUCACAAAUGCUGUCGAUCAAUCUUGUAUUAUAUUCAUCUUGUAUGAGCUGAAAUGUUGUUUUAAAUGAAUCAUCAAUUUGAAUGACAGCAAGCUGUUGGGAGAUAAAAAGAGAGGGUGUCUUAAUUCAAAGGUGUCAAAUUUGCAUUUACUUGUCACAUCUGACUGAGUGUGUGUUUUGUAAUUCUCUGAUUUCAGACGGCGCACAUUUGAAACCAAUUCUUUGUUUUAAAUUAAAAAUGAGAAUAUUGUACUGUCUACAAUUUUAAAUCUAUGCAAAGUUAAAUAUUGCUGAAUUAGUUAUUUUAUUCACUUGGCAUGUAUUAACUCUCUUAC